CCCCCCCUCGCCCCGCUCCUCCUCACUGCGCUUCAGAACAUGGCGGCGAUAACGGUGGCCAGGGAGUGAGGGAAGCUUCGGCGGCCGCAGAUGCCUAUUUGGAAUAAUCAUAAUGGUGGGCAUAGGACUGUACUGCUGAUCCAGCAUCCACUUUCCGAUGUCAGUGUUCCUUGGAAGCCCACCAGCUGGUAAACCUGAGCCAAUUCCAGGGUGAGGACCUGUAAUCAGCAGUAUAAUGCGGAAGCCAAGCCCUCAGAAAGCAAUAGACUGGAAAGAUGGCAAAAAGCACAAGUACGGGCGCCUGUCAGAACCUCCCUCUCAGUAUCAAGGUCACUUUGCCUGGGAUAAAUACUUGAAAGAGACAUGUUCGAUCCCAGCCCCUUCUCAUUGCUUCAAGCAGUCAUAUACCCCACCCACCAAUGAAUUCAAGAUCAGCAUGAAGCUAGAGGCCCAGGACCCCCGGAACACCACUUCAACUUGCAUUGCCACCGUGGUGGGACUAACAGGUGCUCGUCUCCGAUUGCGCCUGGAUGGGAGCGACAAUAAGAAUGACUUUUGGCGUCUGGUGGAUUCUGCGGAAAUCCAGCCUAUUGGGAACUGCGAAAAGGACGGAGGGAUGCUGCAGCCCCCACUGGGAUUCCGGUUGAAUGCAUCCUCUUGGCCCAUGUUUCUCCUGAAAACUCUGAAUGGAGCAGAGAUGGCUCCUGUUCGGAUCUUCCAUAAGGAGCCCCCAUCUCCAUCCCAGAACUUCUUUAAGAUGGGGAUGAAACUGGAGGCUGUGGACAGGAAAAACCCACAUUUCAUCUGCCCGGCUACCAUCGGUGAAGUGCGGGGCUCUGAGGUCCUCAUCACUUUUGAUGGCUGGAGGGGGGCCUUUGACUACUGGUGCCGCUAUGAUUCACGAGACAUUUUUCCUGUGGGCUGGUGUUCGAUGACUGGAGACAACUUGCAACCACCUGGAACAAAAGUGGUGAUUCCAAAGAGCCCAUUCCCUGUCCCUGAUGUGAUCUCUGACAAGAGCAGUAUGCACAGCAGCACAAAGGCCCUGCUGGAUCAUCAUCCCGGGCAGAGGGGUCGCAAACCUGGUCGGAAACGAGGCCGGACGCCCAAGGCUCUGACUGCCCAUCCCAUCUCUGCCCCCUCCAAGGCAGCAGAACCUUUGAAAUUCCCCAAAAAGAGGGGGCCAAAGCCUGGCAGUAAGAGAAAGCCUCGAGCUUUGCUGAAUCCAGCGCCCACCUCCCCUACAACCAGCACUCCUGAACCUGAUACGAGUACAGUGCCCCAAGAUGCAGCAACUAUCCCCAGUUCUGCAAUGCAGGCUCCUACAGUUUGCAUCUACUUGAAUAAGAAUGGGAGCACCGGGCCUCACCUAGACAAAAAGAAAGUCCAGCAACUACCUGACCAUUUCGGACCAGCUCGUGCAUCCGUUGUCCUCCAGCAGGCAGUGCAGGCUUGCAUCGAUUGUGCUUACCAUCAGAAAACUGUCUUCUCAUUCUUGAAGCAAGGCCAUGGGGGCGAGAUCAUUUCAGCCAUGUUUGAUCAUGAGCAGCACACCCUGAACUUGCCAGCUGUGAAUAGCAUCACGUAUGUCCUCCGCUUCCUCGAGAAACUCUGCCACAACCUCCGCAGUGACAACCUCUUUGGCAACCAGCCAUUCACUCAGCACCACAUGCAGCACUCCCGCGAGUACGACCACGACAGGUACCUACCAGACAGAAGCAUUUCGUUAGACGGCUCUCUGCAGGGACCAAGCCGAGGUACAAAGAGAUAUUCCCAAGAUUCCCCUCCAUACAGUGCUCCUCUCUCCCCCAAGUUACCAAAGAAUGACCGUCACCCUUUGGAAGGUGAAACAUUUAUCCUGGGCGAUGGACUGCCAGGUGCCCUGGAGCCUCGCCUGGACCCCAUGGACUCUGCCUUGAAUGCUGUCAAUGCAUCCAGUCCCAGCAGGAGCGCAAGAGACUAUCGGUUGCAGGGAUACAGGCACCUGCACCAGCCUUCCAGCCUCUCACAGUGCGGCCCCUCUGCCUUGCACAGGCUCAGUGCUGGGGGCUCAGACAGAUACCUUGGACCCCGAGAUACAUCACGUUUGGGCACCCGGGACCCCUCCGCUUGGACAGUGGAAGAUGUCAUGCAGUUUGUGAGAGAAGCUGACCCUCAACUCGGGCCCCAUGCUGACCUCUUCCGAAAACAUGAGAUCGACGGCAAGGCCUUGCUCCUGCUGCGCAGCGACAUGAUGAUGAAGUACAUGGGCCUGAAACUGGGGCCAGCGCUGAAGCUCACCUACCACAUUGACAAGCUAAAGCAGGGCAAGUUCUGAGAGAGAGACCAGCCUCCGGGUGUUAUUUUGGCCCCUGUAGCCACACUCUUUCCUCACCCUUGCAGGCAGGUGGGCGUGCCUGCGUUCCUCAGCUGCCACAUCAGGGAGCUUCUUUGCCAGUGAGAAGAGGGAAGUGCCCCUGAACGGCCCGACCUGUCUGGUUGGUAUAAAAGGGAUGGAGGCUUUCCCUUCCGUCACCCAGCGGCACUUGGGGCCUGCAGUCCACCUUUCAGCAUUGAAGAUGCUUUCCGUUGUGCAUAUGGGACUCUGGCAGAUCUCGCUGGAGCCAAGCUUGUGUUGGAACUGGUGGUUCGACCUAUCUUCCUCGUCAGAUACACGUUGUACUGUCCUUUCGCCCACCUCCCUUUGAUAAAUCUUCAUCCCCCUGGAUGAAAAGCGUGGAUUUGAACUCAAAGCUUACAGUGCCAGGAGCUCCCCCUCCCUUAAAAAAAAACCUUUUAGUGCCAUACAGGACAGACCAGCAGUCCGCAGGGACGGCUCUGGCAUCAAAUGUGCUGCUCCUGCUAACCAGAUUGUUCACUCCAUUGGGUACAUGGGAGGGAGGGUGGAAGGCACACCCGCCUCGGAAAAGAGCUCUCUUCAGUUGGUGCUGGAACUUCUCUUCUGCCAUUGAAAGUACAAGCGAACAGUUUCCCACGUUGCUGGUGUAAGGGCAGAAAGCAUUAAUAUUUAUUUGGAAUAAGGAAGGGAAGACAAUUAGACGCAUAGCAGUGGAUCUGCAUCCAUGUUGCAAAAAACCGUCCUUUUUCUCAGCUCACCAAGUGAGCCAAGACCAGUGGGGCAGAAAGAAACUGCAGGUUUCUCUUUACCCAGAUGUCACAUGACAGGGACGCACAACCAGCCACACACACUUCUUUUCUGUGCAUUCUCCCUCCCCGCAUCGAAAUAUUUUCAUUUUUACUUUUGAAGUGGCAGCCAUUUUCAACUUUUUCUUCGGCAAUGAAAUGUUUUGUACUUCACAGUGCUACCAAUUCCUCCAGUUAACUUUGUCAGAGCCCUUCUUCAGGUUGCCAUUCAUGGAGGGAGACACAAACAGCAAUGCGGGGGGUGGGGAGGGCCUGCCCUUCCAAAAAUUCAAAUGGGAAACAUGAAUUGUUUUUGUAUGUAUGUUUUCAGGGGGGAGGGGGGAUGUUUGAUGUAUUUAUUUUGUAUGUAUGUAUUUUUAUGCACUUGAGCAGUGGGCUGCCCUUACCCCAUAGCAGAAAACGUUUUGCUACCAGCGAGCAAGAAUGGAAAAGAUGUGGCGAGUGAGCACUCCCCUGACAUUUUUGCCCCAGGUCCUCAGCAGCUUCUUUCUAGGCUGUGAGAACGCAAAGGGGCUUUCUUCCCAGACUCAGUUUUGAGCCACCUGUCAUCUUGUUCCUAGGAAUGCAGCCACAGAGAUCCUGCAGCCAUUAAGGCUGAUAUGUGUGACUCUUGCUUAUCAAUAAGCUUGAAGUGGGAGGAUGGUGCAGCUCUUUCAGAGCCUUCCAGUGUACAGCGAACUCUCCUGUGGAUAGCUCUUCCUCUCUUCCUCCAGGCUGUUGCAUAAGAUGCAGUCUUGGAACUGACCCAGCGGGGAAGAUCAAAGAGAACGCAAGGGGAAUUGAGGUGGGGGGAGCCUCUGCUGAAGCAAUGAAAAUUCAUUGGCAAUAAGCCAGUGGCAGGGAAGGAGCAAGAACUCAUGUACAGCGCAACGGCAUGCUGCUGCUUGGCCACUAGCUGGCAGAAGGGAGCGGUCCUCUGUUGAGGAGAGAGAAAGAAGGGGUUACUUGUUCUUUCAUAGGACUGCCUGGGUGCAGAACACCAGUUUUGGUGAGCACUGCCUCCUGCAGUAGCAGGGAAGGCCCUGUCCAUAGUCUUUUUUUCCUGCACUUAUUCUGUUGAUUUUGUUUAUAAAUAAAGG